CCUCGGUCCAACCUUGACCCCACUAACUUCUCCUUCGUUUGUAUAUACAUAGGGAAAUCGCGCUUUCUUUACCUAAGGAGAGCUGAGAAAGCGCGCUGGUAUCCGCUGGGGUGUUGUAAGAACGUUUCGUGCCGGUAUUAUUAUGGCCGCUCCAUCCCCAUUCAACCGCCAACGUCGUGGCGCGUCUCCCGCUCUCUUGGACUUACGCGAACGCAAACCAGUGCCCCCCGCCGGUCCCCUGGGCCUCCCCAAUCCUUCUUUCUUAAAUGAGUUGACGGGCUCUUUCGGUGGUCGCUCCAUAACUGACUCUCCAACAAGCGAGGAUGGGGAGGACACGAACCAGCCGCAUGUUGACGUAUGGGGUGAUCCUCGCCGCAACCGUUCAUAUAGUGCAGCGGCCGGUUUUGCUGACCUCACCUCUCGUAUGACAACUGCCGUCUCAAAUAUUGCGUCUCAGCCUCGCUCUCCCUCACUCAAAUCAGAUGGUCUAAGCCAGCAUCUUAGCGAUGCUGAAAUAGAAGCUGAGGCAAUUCGCGAACGGGAACAUUCUCGACGUGAAGCUGAACGCAUUCUGCUACAAGAAGCAGAGGAACGACGUCGCGCCGAAGACCGUCGUGAGGCGUUUUACAACUCGCCUAAUCCUAGAAGCCCUGAUCGACGCCGAGACACAAUUGACGUGCCGUCUGCAUCCCCUAAGGGUCAUGAAUCGCCGUCUACUCCCCCUUCUAAAGGUAGUAGAUGGUGGAAUAUCGCAAAGCAAAAACUCAGUCCCAGUAGAGAUGAAGAUGUUCAAUUAACGCCAGCACAGGAGAUCAUCCGCGAAACCCAGCAGAAACAACAACAGCAACGCAAAGACGAGGGAGAGGAGGGAAAGAGGCGAAUGAAGGCAAAUCGUGACGGGUGGCCUGCCUCGCCUAAAGCUAAGACUGCAGAUCCUGCCCUCACGGCAAUACAGACCAUCUCCCCCAAGAAUAAAUUAUCGACACCUAAUGGUUCCCCACGUCCAAUCCAAUCUAACUCGCCUCAGCGCCUUCACUCUCCGAUGACACCCCCGCAAGUACCACAGGCAGUAUCUACCACCAAUCUCAGUUUUUCACCAUCAGGUCCCAGACCCUCUGCGAUUUCGCGACCUUCAGAGUCCGAUAAUGUGAAUUCCAUGUACAACCAGUUCAAUCCCCAGACCGGAGCUCUGGAUAUACCCGCAACACUACUCACGGUUACCGCUCGAUUCGAAAAACUCGAGCGCUGGACUGUAAAUCACGUCCGAGCGCUCGAGGAGCGAAUGAAGGAUGUUGAAAGGUAUCUUGUGGACCGGGAGGGUCGUGAAGAUGCCGUCAAGAAAGAUGUCAACAAUCUAAAAACAGCAAUGCUGCAAAUUAGGAGCGAACUACAACAGAUUCAAGCGGCUUCGUCUCCUGUAUACGUCCCACUACAUCUUCCGCCAUCUCCUUCACCAGGUCCGACCGCCGCUGGGAAUUAUCUCGUUCCUGUUGCUGCGUCUGUGCCUGUGCCAGCACCAACAUCGGUAACCACACUUCCAACCCCAAAGCCUGUCGGUGCGAGACAGCCAAUUUCCACGGGGAAGGUGGUCACAUUACAGGCACCCUCGCCUGUACCUGCGAGUCCGAUGUCGAUGACGUCUAUCUCCGCUUCCAGUACGGGCAUUGCUAGUUCUAGUACUAGCAGGUCAUACCACUCUGCUACAGCAUCUCCUAGUCAAGAUGCUGUGCGUCCGUCAACGCCACGAAGAAAUUCACAAUCGUCCGUUGACGAAAUGGAAUCAUCAGUCAAUGGAUCACCAAGUGGCUCGGAAACCACUGGGGCCACGGGCACAGUGAGGUCCAUCAACUUCAGAAACCGACUUCCGUACCCGUCCGGCGACUAUUAUGAUUUACCAAAGCCCGAUUCUCAUCAAUUGUCAGCGUCAUCUACAAGAUCGCUCUCGCCUCCGGUAAUGGAUCGUUCUCAAACUGCAUCACCCGUUCUUCCACCGCCGCGCUCUGUCUCUCCGUUGGUGCUUCCACCGGUCGAUUUUGGGAAGCCACAGUCAAUCCCUGUCCGUGAUGAUAGUGAAUCUCCUCUAGGAUUGACCAAAGGCGAGGGGAAAACUCGAGUCUACUCUAAAACUCCGAGUCCAACACCGCGCAAGAGAUACACAGUAGCUCUCUCGGGGCGACAUGAUGACGAUGACCGGAAAGCAUUGAACGCGGAUGAAGAGCAUCAAAACAUUAUCGGCGCAAGAAAGGUACACACCGCAUUGGUUACCGACUCACCGCCCCCACUGGCGAACCAGUUAUCGCUAACAUCAUUUUCCACUUCUUCGCAUGACUCGUCGGUCACCGAUAGCGGAAGCUCUGCUCCGACUUCGGAGCCAUCUCCUGAGUUUCACAAGUGCCGCGAGCUAGAUACCGCUAUUGGUAGUACCCCUGUCCAUCUAAGUCGGCUGUCACUUUCGCCUCCACCAUCUCUUGGUUCACCGCCCGGGUUGAGUUCCCCAAUUCGUAUGACUGGUAGGACGCGCACGCAGUCCACCAUGGAGAGUACAAGUCCUGUUCCUUCGCCGGUCCCAGCCAGUCCAAGUCCUGGGGCAGCGAGGAAGCGCGCCCAAAGUGCAGUACAGGAUGGUCUUCCACCUCUAAGCAGCCGUCUGGCCCGGCUAGGUCUUGGCGAAAGUUCCGUUGUUUCCUCAGGGGGACAACGCCCUUCUCCAAACCCAUCCGACUGUUCAGGCGAGCGAUGCUCCGAUGUAGAUGUAUUCUCCAAGGGCUCGUUCGUUGACCCGCUUGUUAUCAGGAGAAAAGAGAAGGAGAGACGUAGUAUGGAGGUCAAAAUGAAACAAAACUCAGUGUCGUCAGCUGCCUCAGCUAGAAAGAUUCCGGUGGCCAAAUUGGCAGCUUUUUUUGAUACAGAUACACACUAGCCACGUUCGUUCGC